UUUUGCCCUGUACAUUGCAUGUACAUAAUAUCAAUUUACACGCACAAUCACAUAUUGAACUAUUUAUUAUGUGAAAACACACCGAUUUUUUCACGAAUGGACCGAUUUUCUUGGUGCGAUGGUAACCUGGUUCAAGGAGAAAGCCUUGUCGUCCAACAGCAUGGGGUUAGACUCUAUGACGGAGAGGAAAAGAGUCAUUUUGACAACGGGAUUGGAAUGGUGACAACUCAUCGGUUAAUGUGGAAAGAUCCUAAAGAUCAGAGGUGUGUCUUGGCCCUGCCAUUGUCGUUAUGUAUCUACUUAGAAGAACAGCCAUCUGGGUUUGCAAAAAGUGCAAAGAUCAUAGUUCACCUGCAGCCGUCCCCUGCAGACAAAUCAGCCGGUCCCGUGUCACAAAGCUCUCACUCGUAUAUCAGGCUAUCAUUUAGGGAGGCAGGACAAAUUGAGUUUUUCCGAUGCUUCAGUGAAGAAUUGAAGUUCAGAAGAUGGGAGCACGCUGUCACGACCCCAGAACAGAAGAAAACUCAGGGCCGCCAGAUAAGGACUGGUAUCAUGGGUAUAGAGCGGAAUAUUGAGAUGAAGAAUAAAGCAACUGAUCGUGAUAUUUCGGUUGCCUUCGAGGAUCUGAGUAAACUCAUUGCUAAGGCAAGGGAGAUGGUGAAUUUAUCAAAGAAUAUCGCAGAGAGAAUAAAACAGAAGAAAGGCGACAUUUCAGAUGAUGAGACAGUGAAGUUCAAGUCUUAUCUGUUGAGUAUGGGCAUUCCAGACCCUGUCACCCGAGAAACACAUGGUACUGGCACCCGCUAUUACUUGGAAUUGGCAAAGCAGUUGUGCACAUUGUUGGAAGAACCAAUUAAGGACCUUGGAGGAAUGAUAACACUAACAGAUGUUUACUGUCGUGUCAACAGAGCUAGAGGCAUGGAGUUACUUUCGCCAGAAGAUCUUGUGAAUGCUUGCCAACAGUUAGAACAGUUGAAGGGACCUAUUAGAUUACGAGUGUUUGAUAGUGGUGUGAUGGUGCUACAGUUACAGACGCACAGUGAAGAAGAAGUCAUCAAAACGACCACAACAUGUGUUGAACAGAAUCAGUCAGUGACAGCUGAGGAACUAGCUCAAGUCAUUGGUUUGUCUGUGAUCCUUGCCAAGGAGAGGUUGUUAUGUACAGAGAAAGCUGGCAAAAUAUGUCGAGAUGAAUCAGUGGAAGGGCUUCGGUUUUAUCCCAAUCGCUUCCUCAGCAAUAAAAUCUGAAUAGAUCAGGAAACCUCACUGGCGGGUGGAGGUGCUCACAUUGUGCAAUCAUCAGAGUGAUUCUUGGAAAUUGCCUAACUCUCUCUGAUAUUUUUCCAAACUGUCAACCAAAAUGGCAAGUGGCAAGGUUCUCAUUGGCAAAACAAGAUGAACAGACGUAUAUGCCAAUGAAGCUCGCCUGCAGACGUUCAUAGCCAACAUCACUUGAAAUGAAAGUGCUCUGCCUCCUGGCAGUGGUUUAUAAAAUCUGCCUUUUAUAGUUACACCAGAGACGACCAUGAUUAUAAUUGACUUGAUCUAUCGCUAUGGGAUGAUUAUUUGACUUUGUAAAUAAUAAAUAGUGUGUUACAUGUAC